AUGAAGGGUCCUUGGACAGAAGACUUUCCAUGGACAUUGCUGUCCCCAUUACAGGUCUCCGUUAUCUUUGAGGAUGUGUUCCUGUACUUCUCUCAGGGGGAAUGGAGGCUGCUUGAUGAGUCUCAGAGACUCCUGUACCGAGAUGUGAUGCUGGACAACUUUGCACUUAUAGCCUCACUGGGAAUCAGCCAGCUGGUGCAUGGGGAAGAGCCUAGGGUGCCAGGCCCGACAAGAAAGGCCCAAAGAGAACCUGGUCCUGGCUGUUUGUGUGCAGUGGAGAAGGAGGAGGCACCUUCUGAGCAGAAUGUCUCUGUAGAAGGAACGUCACUGCUUAGGACUCCUAUAGCAUUUCUUUCUACUCAGAAGAGUCACCAAUGCGACAUAGACAGUUCAGUAGUGAAAGAGAUUUUGCCCCUGGCUGAAAACUCAGGGAGCAAAGCCCAGCCAAAACCACACCAGAAGCAAUUGUUGUUCAGUGCAAACCUUUCCCAGAAUCAGAAGCAGCACAGUGGAGAUAAACCUUUCAGAAGGGAUGAGGGUGGAGACUCCAGGAAGAACUGCAGAGUCUACAUGCCUGAGGAAAUCUACACAUACAAGGAAGAUGUCAAAGACUUUGUGAUCACCUCUGGGCUGCUUCGGCAGGAGGCUGAGUGUGAGAGCUCGGAGUGUGAGGGCACCGUUUGCACUGGACAGAGACAUUGCAGGUGCAGCAAAUGCAGGAAAGCCUUCAGCCCCAAUAGCUCACUUGCUCAGUACCUGAGAAAUCAGACCCUAGCUACAUCUUAUGAAUGCAGUGACUGUGGGAAAUUCUUUAGCUGUAAUUCCAAUCUCAUCCGACACCAGAAAGUCCAUACAGGAUCCAGGCCUUAUGUAUGCAUGAAAUGUGGAAAAGCCUUCCACUGCAAAGACACACUCAUUCGGCACCAGAGAGUCCACACUGGAGAAAGGCCUUAUGAGUGCAGUGAAUGUGGGAAAUUCUUUAACCAAAGUUCUGACCUCUUUAAACACCAGACAGUCCACACUGGAGAAAGGCCUUAUGAGUGCAGUGAAUGUGGGACAUUAUUUAACCAAAGCUCUGACCUCUUUAAACAUCAGACAGUCCACACGGGUGAAAGGCCUUAUGAAUGCAGUCGAUGUGGGAAAUUGUUUAGACAAAUCUCCGGCCUUAUCGAGCACAGGAGAGUUCAUACUAGUGAAAGGCACCAUCAGUGCGCUAAAUGUGGGAAAUUUUUUAGUAGCAAGUCUAAUGUUAUUCGACAUCAGGAAGUUCACACAGGAGCUAGGCCCUAUGUCUGCAAUGAAUGUGGAAAAGAGUUCAACCGCAAGUACACACUUAUUCUGCACCAGAGAAUUCACACUGGAGAAAAGCCUUAUGUGUGCAGUGAAUGUGGGAAGGCCUUCAGUCACACCUCCAAACUCAUCCAGCACCAGAAAGUUCACUCUGGAGAAAAGCCGUAUGAGUGCAACAAGUGUGGGAAGGCCUUCACCCAAAGGCCAAACCUUAUUCGGCACUGGAAAAUUCACAGUGGAGAAAGGUCUAAUGUGUGCAGGGAGUGUGGAGAAGACUUCAUCCGUAAACACACACUUGUUCUGCACCAGAAAAUUCACUCAGAAGACAAUACUUAA